UACACCGCCGAUGUCAUCAAUUUCAGCUAUUGGUCUUGGUAUUCAUCACAAGAACUCUGACCCCGAGUUGGCACGGUCAGUAUCUUCACCUAUUGUCCACCAUCACAGCACAGACAAGAUGUCCCCAGCGCUGCGUGGACACUCAACGCUCAAUGGCCCCACAGGCGCAGCACCACCUACCCCUCCACCUCAAAUUCCUCUACCUCCUCCUCCGGCAAGUGCAGCUCCUGGUGGAAAGGUCACUCCAGCACAUCUGAAUGGAAAUGCACCCUCUUCACCCAGAAUUGGCGGCACUUUCAAUCUGGAAACAUCGUCGCCGCAUUCCUCUCCUAGCAUGCGGCCUUCCAGAGCGGGAUCGAUCAACAGUCGUGUAAAUAGUAGUGCGCCCAACGCACAACUCUCUGCUGCAAACGUUGUUCGUCGUGAGCGUGACUCCACAUCGUCUAAUGUUUCAGAACCGGUUUUCAAUGCUGGACUCAACACCAAUGGAAGUACUAAUGGUCAUAGUAAUGGAUGGGCUAGUCCAACAGGAAGCACUAUGAGUGUAAGCAAUAUCUCUGCUGCUACUGCACAAGCACUCCAAGGAGUGGAGGUAAACGAACUUCGCGGAGUUGUGGACACACUUGCCCAUCAAGUGCAGGCUCUCAAGGUUGAGCAGGCGAUGCAGCAAGGCAAGAUUCAACGAUUAGAAGCUGCGCUUGCAGAGGCGGAGGAGAGGCUUAAGGUUGCUCAGAAUGAAAAGCAAAUGACACAGGAUGAGAAGGUGACCCUUGCUAAAGAAAUAGAGAAGGUUCAAGCCGAGUUGACUGCGGUCAAGCUAAAGUCUGAGAAAGAUCGUCAGGAGCUUGAAAGCAUUUUGGAAAAAGAGCGAAGAGAGCGCGAGAAAGCUGUUGAGGCAAGGGCAAUCAUGGAGGCCAAGAUGGAGGAGCUAAUGGGCCGCAAGAAAAACUCAGGCUUGAUGUCCAAAAUCAAAAUCAAGAGGUGGUCCAAAAACAACUAAGCAUUAUUUGAUACCCUUAAAAAAUAACUUAAUUAGUCUGUGCUUUUUAACGUGUAACAAAGUAGAUAUUUAACAUUAGAAACUA